GAAGAACGUUUCAGACAUUUUUUUCCUCUCCAAAGAUGGCGUCGACGCAGUUAACAGAUGAGGAGCUUUUUUCCCAGUUGAAGUGCUUCGGUUACACUCCUGGCCCAGUCACAGAAAACACACGUCCGGUGUAUUUAAAGAAACUGAAGAAGUUUCGCGAGGAGCAGCAGCAGCAGCAGCGGGGUAAAGGCCGAGUCAGCGGGACGAGCAGCAGCAGCAGCACUGGGGCACCAAGGCCAGUUAGACAUGACGUCAGGCGCCUGAGCUCCGGUAGGAGACCGGGCCUAAAGUCCUCUGUUCUCGGCUUCAGCUCUGACGAAUCUGACGCGGAAACGCCACUGAAAAGAAAGAACCUGGAUCACAUGAAAAGACCCAGCCGAAGCCCACACCUUCAACAACAACAACAGCUGAAGAUUAGAGCAGCUACGCCUCUUAACGAGGCUAACAAGAAGCAGUAUGGCGUUGGGACUGCUCUGAAAAGCAAUUCAUUCCCGAACCCAGACGGACAGACAAGUGCCUCGCUGGGUUGGGAAACUGGUAAAAGAUCUAUGCAUGAUCCUGAAUCCAGGGACGAAGACGUUAGUGAUGAAGUGCAGAAUUCCCACCCGGUUAAUGGUCGCAGCGCCGCUCGCCUGAACACUAGCAAACUAGCCGGAGAGUACUCAGACUCGGACGAGGAGGAAGCUGGGGGCCCUGGAGGCCCAGAGCGAGACCGAAGGUGUUUGGAGCUGCGACGGAUUUACACAAGCGGACCAUUUUCUUCGCAUGUAGACGGCGGAGGGUCCCGGACCGGAGGGAAAAACUGUACGCUUAAUCCGCUUGGGAACAGAGCCAUGGCAGGCGGCAGAGAGGAGUAUGAGGAGAGAGGGAAGAAAGGAGACCUGGACGCAUCGGGAGGCUUACGGAGCCACAUGCUUCCCAGGAAGCCGAUCUACGUGUCCCUCGGCGAGGACCACCAGAGUAAGACCGGAGAAAACAACCAUAUUAACAGCGAGGAGGGGGCGUCCGGCAGCAACAUGGCCAGCGUCGCGCUGAGACCGCGCUACCGCGGUUCCUACAGCCCGACCCUGAGCCCUCAGGGGGGCUACUCUAAUCACAGCCCCGUCCCGAACCACGCAUACGGCCCGGGAACCCAGAAGAAGAAGCCAACUGCCCCAGAGGAUGAGCUGCUGCUGCAGUUUAAAAGAGAGGAGCAACCUUCCUCCGGAAGCUUCAGCGCGCACUACCUGUCCAUGUUCCUGCUCACCGCAGCCUGCCUCUUUUUCCUCCUGCUCGGCCUCAUGUACAUCCGCAUGAGGGGCUCGGGAUCCCCGGCGGGGGAUGGUGUCAUUAAGAGUCACCCGUUUGGCAGCAACUUUGACUCCUCAUAUAGUAAGACAGAAAAAGACGUGAUCCUAAAGCUGCUGCUCAGCCUCCAUGAUCACCUGGCCAUCGUUGCUGGUCAUCAUGACUGUGGAGAGCAGCAGUAUGCUAGCAGGAGUCUGUCCAGAGAGCAGGUCACACAUUAUUUACUGGCUCAGGAUGGAGACUUUAAAGACUUCAUUGACGUCUCUCUAGAGUGGAUCAUUCGAGCUGGCCAGGAUGUCGGUAUAAGGUUGAGCGGGGAGCUAGCUGACGACCUAGUGACGGAUGUGUCUGAGAUCUCUUGGUUGGAAUCCACGCAUCCCAGAAUGCCGUUCACCUGCCGCUUUCGUCGAGCUUUGCUCACAGUCAUGAACAAAGUCCUGGUCGUUGCCGUUGUUGUAGGCUUAGUGUGCAGUGUGAUCUGCUACGUGAAGUAUCGCUGGAGGAGAGAGGAGGAGGAGACGAGGCAGAUGUACGACAUGGUGGAGAGGAUCAUCGAUGUGUUAAGGACCCACGGUGAGGCAUGCCAAGAGAACCGGGACCUAGAGCCUUACCUGCCCAUCCCCCAUGUCAGAGACUCCCUGGUUCAACCCCAGGAUAGGAGAAAGAUGAAGAAGGUUUGGGAGCGAGCCGUGAAGUUCCUCUCAGCUAACGAGUCCAGGAUCCGGACAGAGACACAGCAGAUCAAGGGAGCAGACUUCAUGGUGUGGAGGUGGAUCCAGCCGCCCCUCAGCUCUGACAAAUCCAAGAUGUGGCAGGGGAAAGCAUUCCCUCUAGAUCGGAGGAAUUCACCGCCCAACAGUCUGACUCCAUGUCUGAAGAUCAGAAACAUGUUUGAUCCAGACAUGGAGGUUGGUGACAGCUGGGACUUGGCCAUCCAGGAAGCCAUCCUGGAGAAAUGCAGUGACAAUGACGGCAUCGUUCAUAUUUCUGUUGAUAAGAACUCUAAAGAGGGCUGCGUCUAUGUCAAGUGUCUUUCUGCAGAGCACUCAGGAAAAGCCUUCAAAGCCCUGCAUGGCUCCUGGUUUGAUGGUAAGCUGGUGACAGUCAAGUAUCUGCGUCUGGACCGGUACCACCAGCGCUUCCCGCAGGCCCAGGGCUGCAGUGCGCCCCUGAAGGCGUACAGCCUCCACCAGACCCCGGCUCCCUGCCCACUGCAGCAUGGGGGCCCCAACUCCUCAGGCUUCUCCUGAGAGGGCCCCUCCUUGUAUCAUAGAACUGUGGCCCCGCAGCGAGGCGGCAGCACAAGCUGUUCAGUGGUGCAGAGUUUUUAAAAACAUCAACUUUAUAUUUCAAGUGUCAUAGAAUUGAAAACAAAGCAAAGUGAGUAUUUAUUGUUAUCUUUGUUCUUUUCCAUCGCUCAUUGCCACAGUGGAGUCAUGUAUGUAAGCUUUCAGUGCAACACUGUCACUGUUCACUUCUGUUUAUCACCGCCUCCAUGCUGGCAACUGGAAGAUGGGAAUCCUUCUGAAGCACAAGUUUUCCAUCGUAGUGUGUGUGUGUGUCUCUGUAUGUGUAUCUUUGUGAGAGAGAGAGGCUGAUGAUCUGAGCACACAUCCUGAUGCUUCUGUCAGCAGACUGAGUGCAUCUGCAGGAAAACCCUGAGAUUAUGCAACAGCAGCAUUCCAGCGUGUUGGGAAAAACUCCAUCAUUUCUUUAGCUCCAUCUGACUGCCCAAAGGGGCAGAGUGCACCACCUGACUCCUCCCCUCACCCACACUCACAGUACAGGAUUAGAUUAGAUUAGAUUAGAUUAAACUUCCUGCUCCACCAGAGUCGGUGUGACUCGUCUCUAACCAUGAUGUCAGCACUCUGAUGGAAGGAUCCUGAACUCCACGUAUCCCACACACUGCAAGCAUCUGAAGCAUUGGAAGCUUCCAGUCUCCUGUUUCUGCUGCACCUUUAUAUUCCUAAAACAUGACAUGAGCUGAUACUUGUUUUUAAUGCAGAUAAUACAGUAUCGGACUCAGUUCUUGCUGUGUAAAAUUGUGCAUAAAGUUUUCAUAUUUUACAUUUGCUUGCUGCAGCGACGGUUUGCUGCAAAUGAUCCAACUGUGCCUUAAAUUGUGCUUUUUUUGAACUGGCACUGCUUUAGAGAAUGUACCGGAUAUAGAAAAUAUUGAAAUUGUUUAGAGGAGAAAUGAGGCAGACAUAGUUCUUAGUUUGGAAACUUGGAAGUUGCCGUUUUGUAGAAGUUUCCUUUGAUAUUAAACCAAAAGGUUCUAUUUAUUUUCAUUUUUAAUGAGGGUUAUGUACUAUUUUAAUGUCACUAGACCUGUUGUAUGUUUUUCAUUAAUAAUUGACACUUGCUUUGUAAGGCUUGUCAGGAUGUUUAAGACAAAAUAAAGUGAACACUUUGAGAAAUAAAGGAGCAUUUAGAGCUUUA